CCCGGCCGCCUCCCCCUCCCCGCUCGAGCGCCCGGAUAAAGGUUCCGUUCUGUGCGCAGCGCGGCUCGGUGCGACGCUGCAGUGCUGACAGGGGAGCAGGAGGCCGACACUAGGGCUGAGGCGGCGACAGCAGUCUGGCAGCCUCCGAGUCCCCGCCGUGGUGGGGAGACGACUCUGAAACGGACGCCCCAGAGGACGACAUGUCGGGGGGCUCCGUCAGUGGCGGAGGGGGCGGAUUAUGCCGCGAGCUGUGUCGCGCGUUCGGCCAUUACAACCGGCACCUGGCGCGGCUGCAACAUAACCUGCGCGAGACGAAGAAGUUCUUCCGCGACAUCAAAUACUCCCAAGGGCCCGCCGUUUUCCCGGUCCCCGGCACUGGGCCUGUUGGGGAGGAGCCGCCUCAGCAACAGCCCGCCCCCUUGGCUGAUGAUAGCGCCCCUAGUGGUGGGGGUGUCUCCGUACAAGCCGGGCAGCUGAGCUCCAUUUCCUUUCCCCGACAUGAGGAGGAGUACCUCCACCUGACGGUGAGCUGCCAUCCAUGCCUUUUAAUCCUUGGUCAGAACUGUAAUGCCAAAUGCAAAUUACUCAACAUGCUCCUGGGAGAGAGACUGCUACCCACCAACAAAGUUAGCAGUGAAGAGAACUGUAAGAGGCGCCGAAUUCACUUCACACAUGGAAGACAAACACGGAUUAGUUUGGCUCUACCAGGACAAUAUGAAUUGGUUCAUAACUUGGCAGCUCAUCAAGGCAGAUGGGACACAAUACCAGAGGAAGAUUUAGAAAUCCAUGCGGAUAAUGAGGAUCUGGCACACCAGAUUGCGGAGUUGGAGGUCACUCUGAAUCAUGCAUUAUUGCAGGAAGUUGAUAUUGUGGUAGCUCCGUGUCGUGGGUUCCAGUCAGCAGAAGUCACCUUGAGAGGAUAUAUGAAUCAUGUCCUUCCAGUCCUCACUUUUGCCAUCAAUGAGGCAGAACUUUCAGCACUGGAUAUAAAUGAACUGCAGGAAAUCAAAGAGGAAUUCUCUCUGCCUGUCUUCUUUUUCAAAGUGCCAGAUUCUGGGGCUGAACUUAUCUCUCCACAAAAUGCAGAAAAUGAAAAGUCAUCCCUUUAUCGGCAGCUGCUAGACAUAGACUACCUUAGUACCAACCAUUGCAGCUGCGGAGCUCCCAGCUCUGAUGCCAAAGCACAGAGCAUGCUGGUGGAACAAUCGGAUAAGAUUCGUCUGCUUAGCACUUUCUCCAAACAGGUGCUGCAGAAGCGCUUGGUUGAUGCAGCCACCAUCUUGAACAUAGUACACUGCCGUUGUCUGGACAUCUUCAUCAACCAAGCCUUUGACAUGCAGAGAGACAUGCAGAUCACUCCAAAGCGCCUAGAGUACACACAGAAAAAAGAGAAUGAGCUGUAUGAAUCUCUAAUGAACACGGCCAACCGCAAACAAGAAGAGAUGAAGGACAUAAUAAUUGACACUCUCAACAACAUGAAAGAAGAGCUGCUGGAAGAUGCUGCUAAUAUGGAAUUUAAAGAUAUUAUUAUUCCUGAGAAUGGAGAGCCUAUUACUUCCAAAGACAUUAAAUGUUGCAUUAAGCAAAUCCAGGAAUUGAUAAUUUCCCGGUUAAACCAAGCAGUUGCCAACAAGUUAAUAAGUUCUGUGGACUACCUACGUGAGAGCUUUGUAGGGACUCUGGAAAGAUGUCUGAAGAGUCUAGAGAAAUCUCAGCAAGAUGCUUCAGUCCAUAUUACAAGCAACUAUCUAAAACAGAUACUGAAUGCAGCCUACCAUGUUGAAGUCACUUUUAACUCUGGUUCAACAGUAACCAGAAUGCUGUGGGAACAGAUCAAGCAGAUAAUACAGCGGAUUACAUGGGUGAGCCCACCAGCUAUCACGCCAGAGUGGAAAAGGAAAGUAGCUCAGGAUGCCAUUGAGAGUCUUAGUGCAUCCAGGCUGGCCAGGAGUAUCUGUAGCCAGUUCCAGACAAGACUGAACAGUUCUCAUGAAGCUUUUGCAGCCUCUUUACGACAACUAGAAGCUGGCCACUCAGGCAGGCUAGAGAAAACAGAAGAUCUUUGGUUAAAGGUUAGAAAAGACCACGCCCCUCGGCUUGCACGCCUCUCAUUGGAAAGCAGGUCCCUUCAGGAUGUCUUGUUGCAUGGUAAACCAAAGCUAGGCCGUGAGCUUGGCCGAGGCCAAUAUGGAGUGGUGUAUUUGUGUAAUGCCUGGGGAGGUCACUUUCCGUGUGCGCUCAAAUCUGUUGUUCCGCCAGAUGAGAAGCAUUGGAAUGAUCUUGCACUUGAGUUUCACUAUAUGAGGUCUCUUCCUAAGCAUGAGCGGCUGGUAGACCUUCAUGGGUCAGUGAUAGAUUAUGGGUAUGGGGGAGGUUCCAGCAUUGCUGUUCUGCUUAUAAUGGAACAAUUGCACAGAGACCUCUAUACAGGAUUGAAGGCUGGGUUGACAUUGGAGACAAGAUUGCAAAUUGCCUUGGAUGUCGUUGAGGGGAUUCGGUUUCUUCAUAGCCAGGGGCUUGUCCACAGAGACAUCAAACUUAAAAAUGUAUUGCUUGAUAAAAAUAAUCGAGCUAAAAUCACAGACCUAGGAUUCUGCAAACCUGAAGCAAUGAUGUCUGGCAGUAUUGUUGGGACCCCUAUCCACAUGGCUCCUGAACUUUUCACAGGGAAGUAUGAUAACUCUGUAGACGUAUAUGCAUUUGGUAUCUUGUUCUGGUACAUCUGCUCAGGACAAGUGAAGUUGCCAGAGGCCUUUGAGAGAUGUGCAAGCAAGGAUCAUCUUUGGAACAAUGUACGAAGAGGAGUUCGUCCUGAGCGCCUUGCUAUCUUUGAUGAGGAGUGCUGGCAGCUGAUGGAAGCCUCUUGGGAUGGGGACCCUUCCCAGCGACCACUCCUGGGCAUAGUCCAGCCCAUGUUGCAGGGUAUAAUGAACAGACUUUGCAAGUCGAACUCUGAGCAGUUAAAUAGGGGGUUAGAUGAUUCUACUUGAUGAAGCCAUGGAAGAAAUUGUUGUAUUAUGUGAGAACUCUGAUUCCCACCUUGCCAAUGGCAACUUGAGAUGUUGCUCAUCUGACGAGACCAGCCAAAAAAUGGUGUGCUCAGGUGAGAGGAUAUUGGAAUUCCACCUCGUAUAGCAGCCAUGGACACUUAGCUCCAAUACACACUACUAAUGUAAGUUGCCAGUGCUUCCCACUUUAUUAAAAAGCAAAUAAAAAGAUGGGGAAUUCAGGCCUCUGACUGUAAGGGAUUUUGCUUAUCCCCUUGAAACUCCAAUAUCUGAAAAUGCACUGUAUGUUUGGGCAGUCUAGCAAGCCAGCACAGCUGGGAUUUCCUACAAUUUGCAUCUGCAGCUACAGUCUUCUAGCUGUCUUAAGUAUAGCAGACUCCCUGAAUGUCUCUCAAAUGAAUGUUGGUGACUGGAAGAAAUAAGAUUGUAUGGCUUUCAUAGGGUAUGUAAUUAUGCUAACUUCAGCAGCAGAGACUCUAGAGGCAUGAGCUAUUAUUGACUUCCCAUAAUACUUGAUAUGUUUACAUGGAGGGAUCAAAGCAUCCAUACUCAUCCUCGGGGAAGGCUCCACUGCAAUGGAAAUACCCUAAGAAGUAUAAGCUAUUUGUUCUGUCUUGUGAGUUGAGAUCUUUCUAGUAAAUGCUUAAUAACAAUUUGUGAAAUAAUUGAGUGAAGAUGACAUUUUAAUUUUUUUACAAUCUUACAGUGACAUGGAUGGUACUCAAAAAAAAAAAAAUGCACAAAGAUAGAAACACCAGUUGUUGACAACUAACUCCUGUCUGUACCCAGUAGACAACUAGCAGACUGUGUUUUUAACUAGAGCAGUUUUCUUGUUUUGAACUAAAUGUAGCGGCAGUGACUGUUUUAAACUCUAAUAUUGGCAGGCGUUUUAAAGAUUUCUUCGGCUGUGUAUUUUUAAGUCAUUCCCUUGAAGAGUAUCCAAGAGAAAUCUGUUGUCAUUCCAUAGAUGUGCAUGGUUGCUAUGUCCAUCAUUCACUUCCUUGGUUUGUCAUUUAGCUGAUAAUCUAGGAGUCCAUUGCAGGGAACACAUGGGAGGAAAGUCCAGAGGUCUCUGAAAUGAUGGGCUCUUCCAUAUCUCCUACAUCAGAUUCCUUUGUGUCUGUCCAAUAACUAGUUUCUUGGUAGAAGUGUUUUUGAGGGGAGCGUAGGUUGAAAUAGAGUUUGCACUUGGUAUGAGUUCAGAAAGAGACCAGUGUUGCUCCAGGUGUGUGGAGAAUGGGAGUCUCUUGAGCACAUUCUAAUGAGGUAUGCACUCUCUCUUCAUAGGAUAAUCUGGUGUGUUGUGCAAAGCCAAUCAAGCAUGCAGCAUAAAAUACUUUGCUUCUGGAAGUGUAGAGCAGAAAUGCAGCCUUUUGCCUUUUUGCAUCAGCAUCAGGCAUUAGAGACUAAAGUACCCCUGCAGUAUUACUCAACAGCCUUGACAAACCUUUCUUUGUGUGCAAUAAAAUUGAACUGCUUUUAAAUGAUUGCUUUUUACUUGAAGGGCAUUCAUUGCUAUGUGGUGGUCUACACCCUACUGGCACUUCUGUCCACAAAUUGUAUCUGGGAACUUGAAUUGCAGUGGGUGGUAACAGCUGUCAACCAUGUUCACAGAAAAGCACAUCAAUUCUCAAACUGGAAAUCCUCAGUGUCACUUGCCUGGUGCAACAGAGGCCACUUUUCCAGUUACUUAACAGUAUUACUCAAUUUCAUAUCCAUUUACUCUGUGCUGUGGUGGCUCAUGGCUUGGUUUAGAAUUCCAGGGUCCAGGUCAGUUUUUUUUUUUUUUUGAAAAGUCUAGCAAUAGGUUAUAUAAAUAAAACUAUUUGAAAAUGUCUUGCCUAGCUUUUCCCAAGCAUCUACUUCCUUCUCUUUACCCUGUGCCUUUUCAAAUGCUGAUUCAUAAUACUCUGUCAAUACCUCUGGGAGUUUCCCCACCCCCAGAAGUACAAAGUUGGCUCUGCAGACAUUCCCUGCACAGUGAAAAGCCACAGGUGCACUUUCUUCACUAGAUAUAACUUUCAUUCUUUUGUCUAGAAGCAGAUUUCACAUACUUAGGAAUAGGAAACAGAUGAGUUGUUGUCUUCUGCUAUUUAAAAGUUCUAGAUAAAAAGCAUUCAACUUUGAUUAAAAUGCAAGGCAUAUUGGCAAUGCUAGUAAGCUUCCCCCAUAUAACCUUUGUGGCUUGAGAAUGGAGUGUGUUAUGUAAACACACCAAAUAUUUUCACAGCUGCAGCUAUAGGGGCAAACUACAGUGCAGCCAGUGGGUUUUAUGGUGGAGAUGAUGGUGGCUGGCUGUAACUUGACAGUGAGUGCAGAGGAACUCAAAAUCAUUGCGAAUAAAGGCUGUCUUACUCAAAAUGAUUUUACAAAAGAAUGUCAAAAGUAGUAACACCCAGCUCCUUCUAAAGUCACUGUUUUAUAUCUUGCAUAAUACAAGCACAACCCUUUCCCUCCCAAAGCAGUUUACUAGAAUCCAGGCUUCAUCACUUCAUUCUAUCUUUGUUUACUGAACUAUGUAAGGUUUACAUGUUGCCACCAACUUGAUGGCUAAAGCCGGUGCUCUGAAAAUGUUUCCUUAGUGAGUGAGCUGGAAGCAUGAGAAAUCACACCAGUUUACAAAGUGCAUAUACUUGGAGGGAUUGUAGCAUCCAUACUGGUGCUUUAGCUGAUGGUUCAGAUAGAGCUAUCUAAAGUAGACUUAUUAACUAGAGUACUCAUUCCUGCUUUGGAAUAUGUGGCCAUUUAAGCCUCUGGACAAAACACUACAUAGGAUCUGCACGAAUUAAAUCAUGCCUUGAAUGCAAUGUCAGACCGCUAUGCUAUGGUGUUAGAGUAUUAUCCUCAGCUUGCUGGUGCAUUUCUGCUGCUGCCUGUCACAAUGCUGUCUAAAGUGGCUUGUGGGAAGCAUUUGUUUGGCAACUGACUCUUUUGUUCUCAGUGUUACUGACUUGACAGCACAAUGCAAGCUCUUCUAGGUUUUCUAAUUUAAGCAAAUUAUUCAAUUUACUCUUUUUUUUUUUUUUGAGCACUUCUGUUUAGUUACUUCUUCCUCCCCUUCACAUGGCAGUGUUUGGAGGGUUAGAGGAUGCAUGAAUGUUGGCUCUUGCAGCAUCACAGACUAAGGGAAUGAGCAAGCAGCACAUGCAUUCCUACGUAAUGUGGUUCUGUAUAGUGCUUAAAUGUGUGUGUGAUGCUUUCUCUGUACCUACUGGCCUCCUAGCCAGAAGUCAUCCUAUUUCUUAUUUUUUUAAACUUUAUACCAUGAACAUUUUCCUCUAGGGAGAGAAUAAGAGCACAUCUGCAUUUGAAACUCCUUCAGGGGCUUAAAGAGCACUGUGUUUCUUAAAUGUCUAAUGUUUCCAUUGUUUUGGUUCUGUUAACUGUUAGCUUUUGGGGGAGGGAGAAACGUAAGAGUUGUAUAGCUCCAUUGUAAUGCCUAUCAAUUUUGUACUAUUUUAUUUUUUAAAAAACUGAUGUAUAUUAGUGUUAAAGGCAAAGGUAACAAAACUUACCAACUGUAUAGGAAAAGGUGCAAUAACAUGGAAAUGAGAUGUCUCAGAACAAAUAUUUCCCUUGUAUUCUGUAAUACUAAUUUCCUUCUCAAUGCGGUCACCCCUUCCCUCACUACAUGUAUUUUAAGAGAUGCGACUAUGGCUCAAGACUUCAUUUAGUGCUCUAACGAAGGUCUGUUUUAAUAGUUGGUAGAAUGCACAAUGUGCUAUACUGUAUAAUAAAGGUCGCAUUAAUGUUU